AUGCACAAAGCUUACCAACCAUUUAAACCUGCUACCAAUAGGUACCUUCAGAAAAAAUGGGACCAUGCACAUUACAAGGAGCACCGCAAGAAGGUGGAAAAUGCAAAACCAGUUGUUGACACCAAAGGUUUUGAGACACCGUCCCAUGUUCAACUGAAAUUGAAAAAGCUACAGAUACAGGAAGAAAAGCUGGCCAUUAUUGAGAGGGACAACCAUCUCCUGUCAUCCAGAUUGGCAACUAUUAUGCUGUCAAAAGGCCUGAUUGAUCACAGGAACCCUUCGUUUGAACAUAGCAGUCUGAACAAUGAGAAGAGACGAAAAAAGCUGUUGGAAGUCAGUGGUGAGAACCAGGCUAUGCUCCAGAGAUUAUCAGCCUGUGAAUCUGACUAUCGGCGGCAACAGUGGGAGGACAACUGGAAAAGAAUUGAACAACAGAGGGACGACAUCGCCAAGUAUCCACGUGGACUGACCAAGAAAAGUACUUAAGUUACAGCAUUGUGGCAACCAUUAAAGCACAUGAAUUCAACACGUUUUACCCUUGUCUUUUGUUUAUCUUUCGUAAUUGUCAUGUGUUUGUAGUCAUUAUUUAUUGAUCAACAUAAUUGAAAUGUGGCAUGCCGCAUAGAGAAA